AAGAGGAAGCAGAAUUAGAGAGAGAUUGUUUGUCUGCUCGCCUGAGAUCACGCGGCACCGGAAAUUACUAAAAAAAGAAGGAAAGAAGAUUCAUUGUUUUUCUCCAAAAACAUCCAUUCGUUUCUUAAUUCCCCCCUGUUUAUUUCUCGGCCAUAUGUCAGUCGGCGUUCCGGUGAAUACGUCAAGCAGCAGCCAGUUACCGGCGGCGACAACAAGACGUCGCGUUGCUGAUUCUCAGGAAGAUCAUUGCACCGGAGGAGGAAACGCAGUCGUUUACGUCGUCCCCGACGAGGAAGAAGCGACGAGCUGCAGCCUCUCUUCCGACGGAUUAUCAUCGACGUGUUAUCCGGUGGGGUAUCCGUCUCUCCGCAAGUUCAGACUCGUGUGGAUGCUCAUGUUGGACAACAAGUCCCAGUGGUCGGCUGGAAUCGCUAAGAACAUGAGAUCUGCCACUAACCUCGGCCGUGUGAUUCUGUCCUUACUCGGGAUCCUCGUCGUCACUUUCUUCCUUAUCGUAGCUCUCUCCGGUGGACGACAGCAACACGUGGAGGAGAAACACGAGUUUGUGUUUUCGAUUCAUCCAAGAAAUAACAUUGAAAAGAUCAUCCGAGAAGAAGAAGCUUCAUCAUCCAACUCCAUUCAACUUCUCCUUCCUCAAAGAACACCGAUCCCAGAGAUUUGGAAUCAACCGGACACUGGGAAUUAUCACAAAUGCGUAACUCGUCCUAAGAACCAAAGACCAAUCAAGCAAACCAAUGGUUACCUUCUUGUCCACGCCAACGGUGGUUUGAAUCAGAUGAGAACUGGUAUAUGUGAUAUGGUCGCAAUAGCCAAAAUAAUGAACGCUAGUCUUGUUCUUCCUUUUCUUGACCAUUCAUCUUUCUGGAGUGAUCCAAGCACGUUCAAGGACAUUUUCGACUGGAGACGUUUCAUCGACGUGUUAGCAGAAGAUGUCAAUAUUGUCGAGAACUUACCGCAAGAACUUGCUUCCAUCAAGCCUCUUGAAAAGAAUCCUGUCUCCUGGUCCAAGGCGAGUUAUUACAGAAACUCAAUCGCAAAGCUACUAAAGAAGCAUAAGGUGAUAGUGUUCAAUCACACUGACUCUCGCCUAGCCAAUAACAGCCCACCUCCUUCGAUACAGAGGCUUAGAUGCCGGGCCAACUACGAAGCUCUUCGUUACUCUCCAGAGAUAGAGAAUCUAAGCAAAGUUCUCUCUUCAAGACUUAGAGAAAACAAUGAACCCUACCUUGCUCUUCACUUGAGGUACAAGCUACCACUAUUACUCUCUCCCUCUGUUAUGAUGAUUCAUACCAUUACUCAAAAUAAAAUAAAAAAUUGUUAUUCUUCAUCUAGGUACGAGAAAGACAUGUUGGCGUUUACCGGAUGCAAUCACAGUCUAACCUCCGAGGAAUCUCUCGAUCUUGAGAAGAUGAGGUAUAGUAUUCCUCACUGGAAAGAAAAAGUGAUCAACGGUACAGAACGUCGUCUUGAAGGUAAUUGCCCUAUGACACCACGCGAAGCUGGCGUGUUCCUCAAGGCAGUGGGGUUUCCUUCGACCACGAAGAUCUACAUUGUCGCAGGAGAGAUCUACGGUGAAAACAGUAUGAAUGCACUCCACCAAGAGUUCCCAAACGUUUUCUUUCACUCCACAUUAGCUACAGAGGAAGAGCUUUCCACUAUCAAACCUUACCAGAACAGAUUGGCUGCUCUUGAUUACAAUUUAGCACUAGAAAGCGACGUGUUCGCUUACACUUACGAUGGAAACAUGGCUAAAGCGGUUCAGGGUCACCGAAGAUUCGAAGGUUUUAGAAAAACGAUUAAUCCCGAUAGGCAAAGAUUAGUGAAAAUGAUUGAUAGGCUCGAUGCUGGACUAAUUUCUUGGGAAGACUUCUCGUCCCAGGUUAAGAGAAUACAUGGGAAGAGAUUAGGAGCUCCGUAUCUAAGACGACCAGGAAGGGCAGGGUUGAAUCCAAAAAUGGAGGAGAAUUUUUAUGCAAACCCUCUGCCUGGUUGCUUGUGUGACACUUCUGAUGAACAACAACCUCGUCGUACGAACCGGUUUGAAAGACCAAGUUUACGAGCACAGUCUCUCAGAUAACCAGAUAUAGUGGAGGGGUUCUUAAAACACACACGCACACGAGGAAUCACAUGACUUUUGGUUCUUUCUUUUUUUUUAUGUAUAUUAGGAAAUUGCAGAAAUACAAAACAUAAUUAGUGUAUUCAGAUACGAAAUAGAAAAUACGAAUCAUUGCUCAUACAACACAUAUAGGAAUCCAUAUGCAGUUGCCAUAGUUUCAGAAAGCUUAAAAACGAACAGAAAAGCUAAUUAAGGCUUUGAAGACCAGACCGCCUUAGUUGAGAACAGCCUGAACUUGGAGGGAGUAACCUCGAUUCCCUUAUAGCAACCCCCCCCCUCACUACUUUUAUCUCCUCCUUCCGUAGCCCCAUGUUCUAGAAUGUGACAUCUAGGCCCACUCCUCUCUAUUUUAUAAAUUUGUUUAACAAUAUGCUUAUAUUAUUUGUUCGGUAACGAUGUAUAAACAAAUUGCCGAAUCGUAUUAAAUAAUCAUUAAAGAAAAGAAACAUUAAGGAUUAUUGUUUCACAUUUCUAUAUUACCACUAAUUUCUCACAUGAGAAACAUUUCGGUAUGCAUGCAUGUGCAUGUUAGUUCCAUUGUUGUAUUGAUGCUCACUCAAUUCUCACAAU